GUCGACGACCUCAUCUCGCUGCCCGUGCUCCACGAGCCGGCGAUCUUAGAAGCGUUGAUGCGGCGCUACGAGGCCGGGUCCAUCUACACGUUCAACGGCGCGAUCCUGAUCGCGGUGAACCCGUUCCAGCGGCUCCAGCUCUACACGGAGGAGAUCCUGGAGAGCUACUACAACGACGGUCUGCUGCGCAGCCAGGGCAUCGAGGGCAAGCGCCUGGCCCCGCACGUCUACACCAUCGCCGACGCCGCGUACCGCGACAUGGCGACGGCGAUCCUCGGCGGCGCGGCCGCGCAAGGCGGCGCGUCGCAGUCCGUGCUCAUCUCCGGCGAGUCCGGCGCGGGCAAGACGGAGACGACGAAGAUCGUCAUGCGCUACCUCACGGUCGUGGGCAAGGGCGGCGACGGCUCCAACGCGGUCAUCAUGGAGAAGGUCCUGCAGUCGAACCCGAUUUUGGAAGCCUUCGGCAACGCGCGGACCGUGCGCAACGACAACUCGAGCCGCUUCGGCAAGUUCAUCGAGUUGAAAUUUGACGACCGCGGGGCCAUGCGCGGCGCCGCCGUGGACACGUACCUGCUGGAGAAGAUCCGGCUCCCGCGCCACGCGGCGGGCGAGCGCAACUUCCACGUCUUCUACCAGCUCCACGCGACGACCAUCGCGAAGGCGGAGACGUCGGGCGCCGCGGCCGCGGCGGCUUCCGUCGGCGGCGACAAAUGGCACCUGGCCGCGGACUGCGGGUCCCACUACGCGUACGCGAACCAGGGCGGCGUCUGCGAGCUGGCGACGAUGGACGACGGCGAGGAGUUCGCGAAGACGGUCAAGGCCCUCGGUCUCAUCGGCGUCGACGGCGCCAUGGUGGCGCGCUGCUUCGACCUCGCGGCGGCGCUGCUGCACCUCGGCGACGUCCAGUUCGACUUCGACGUCGGCGACGACGGCGGCGGCUCCGCGGUGUCCGGCGACUCGGCCGCGGAGCUCGCCGAGGCGGCGGCGCUCGCGGCGCUGGACGAAGCGGCGCUGGUCAAGGCGCUGACGACGCGCCUCGUGAAGACGCGAUCCGAGGAGUACGUCGUGCGCCUCGUGCCGAAAGACGCGGCGUCCGCGCGCGACGCGCUCGCCAAGGCGCUCUACGGCCGCCUCUUCGAGUGGCUCGUCGUCGAGAUCAACCGGGGCAUCUCCGCGGAGGACGACGGCACCUUCGCCGUCGCCGCGUCCAUCGGCGUGCUAGACAUCUUCGGCUUCGAGUGCUUCGCGGUGAACUCGUUCGAGCAGCUCUGCAUCAACUACACGAACGAGACGUUGCAGCAGCAGUUCAACCGCUACGUCUUCAAGCUCGAGCAGGAGGAGUACGCGCGCGAGGCCAUCGCCUGGUCCUUCAUCGAGUUCCCGGACAACCAGGACUGCCUCGACUUGAUCGAGGGCGGCCGGAAGGUCACGCCGCCCGAGGGCGGGUUAUUAGCCAUGCUCGACGACGAGUGCCGGCUCCCCCGGGGCUCCGACGCCAACUACGCCGCGCGCGUGGGCAAGAGCCUCCUCAAGACGUCGAAGCGCAUCGCCGCGUCCAAGAAGCAGGUCGUCGACGGCGUCUUCGAGGUCAAGCACUACGCGGGGCCGGUGCCCUACGUCGUCGACGGCUUCCUCGAGAAGAACAAGGACGAGCUGCCCGCGGCGGCCCUGCUCCUCUUCGAGGCCGCGCGGGGAGAAACGCAAGGCGCGCUGAUCGGCGCCAUCUGCGACGCCCGCGACGCCGCCGCGGCCGCGGCGCUCCGCGACGAGUCGGCGUCGACGUCCAAAAAGCCACCGCCGGGCUCGCUCGCGGCCGCGCCGCGCGGCGCCGCGUCCAAGAAGGCGACGGUCACCGUGGGCUCCCAGUUCAAGAGCCAGCUCGCGAGCCUCAUGCGCGCCGUGUCCGCGACGAAGCCCCACUACGUGCGCUGUUUGAAGCCGAACGACGACAACGUGCCGGACGCGUUCUGGCGCGUUCGGGUCGCCGAGCAGCUGCGCUACGGCGGCGUGCUCGAGGCCGUGCGCGUCGCGCGGUCGGGCUUCCCCGUGCGCAUGCCCCACGCCGAGUUCCUCCGCCACUACCGCCCCCUCGGGGCCGCGUUCGCAUCCAAGCUCGACGGCCGCGCCGCGUGCGAGGCCCUGAUCGCCGUCGCGGCGGCGAACGCGGGCUUCGCCGCCGACCAGGCCCAGCUCGGCAAGACCAAGGUCUUCCUGCGCAAGCACGCCCACGACGCGCUGGAGACGGACCGCGCGGCCGCGCGGCGCGCGGCCGCGGUGAAAUGCCAGGCCGCGACGCGCCGCGCGCUGUCCGCGGGCGACGUGCUGCGCAAGCUCGCGGCGGCGAGGGUGCUCGCGGCCUUUGGCCGCGUGGCCCUGGCGCUGAAGCGCCUCGCCGCCGCGCGGCGGACGCGCGCGGCGACGCGGCUCCAGGCGUGCCUCUUCCGCGGGGCGAUGCCGCGGCGCGCGCUCCGCCGCGUCCGCCGCGGCGUGGCGGCGACGCAGGGCCUCUACCGCGGGGCCCGGGGCCGCGCCGUCGCCGUCGCGGCGCGCGCGGAGCACGCGGCGGAGCGGCUCCAGGCCUGGGCGCGCGCGGAGCCGCUCCGGCGGCUCCGUUUUGCGACCGUCGCGCGCGUCGUCGCCGCGCAGGCCCGGGCCCGCGCGCGCCUCGCGCGGGCGGCGCUGGGGCGGCUCAAGCGGGACCGCGCCGACGUCGGGCGCCUGCGGGGCGAGGCCGAGGCCAUGAAGGCCGAGAUCGUGCGCCUCCAGGAGGACGCGCGGCGCCAGGCGUUCGAGCGCGAGGCCGCGGCGGCCGAGGCCGCGGCCGUCGAGGUCGCGCGCCUCGCCGCGGAGCUCGAGGCGUCCAAGCAGGCGCGCGAGCGCGAGGUCAAGGACCGCGAGGCGAAGCACCGCCUCGACGCGGACGCCGCGCG